GCAGCGCGUUCGCAUACCAUAACGAUCCAUAGACAGCUGAGCUUUUGUGAAAAACCGACACAAUGCCUGAACCUGCGAAAUCAGCACCCGCUCCCAAAAAGGGGUCUAAAAAAGCUGUCACCAAGACCCAGAAGAAGGGGGAUAAAAAAAGGCGUAAGACCAGGAAAGAGAGUUACGCCAUUUACGUGUACAAAGUACUGAAACAAGUCCAUCCGGACACUGGUAUUUCCUCAAAGGCGAUGGGCAUUAUGAAUUCGUUUGUAAACGACAUCUUCGAGCGCAUCGCCGGAGAAGCGUCGCGCCUGGCGCAUUACAACAAGCGCUCCACUAUCACAUCCCGGGAGAUCCAGACGGCCGUGCGCCUGCUCCUGCCGGGAGAGCUGGCCAAACACGCCGUGUCCGAGGGCACAAAGGCCGUGACCAAAUACACCAGCUCCAAGUGAAAGUGAACAAACAAGAUGGACUGGACUCUAUCCCUAAUGAUGGAAGACGAAAGCCACCCACUGUUUGAUAUCCGCACGAGGGACCUCUGGUACAUCUUGAGCGAACGCAGCUCUGGAGGAGCACUAACACAGUGCUUUCCAUCUGUAACACCAACAUUCACCUGAGGCUGUGCCUGUUUGAUCGUAUUUGCACGUGUGAACACUUGUACUGUAUUAUUAUGGCAUAUGGUCGUCGUUUGUUAACUCAUGUUACCGGAGGAAAACACUGUGGCUUUGGGGGUUUUUUUAUUUCUUGUUGACAAAAAAUUGCUGUACUGUAUUCAUAUUGAAAAAAUGUCUUAUGCCUGAAUGUUUCGUCAUAACUACCCUGUCAUUUACCACAAAUAAAUACAUUGGUAAAUGGUAACUACAA